AUGAAAAGAAUGGCAGAUAUACGGAGUUUAAUGAACCCAGAAGAUACCCCGGUAUAUACUACCAGCGAAACAACAGUAAAUGUUAGUGCAGUGUAUCCUACCACUAACACUACUAUCACAACAACCACAGACUCGGUUACCCCUCCAGAACCACAACCAGAAUCUAGUUCUACUACUAGUGCAUCUGCAGAUAAUGGAGGUUCUAAUGAAGUUGGGGUGUUAACUCCAGAAACCAUCAUGAGAUCUUUUGAACGUAUAAAGACACAUUUCCCCGCUGCAAGAAUCAAGAAAAUCAUGCAAAGUGAUGAUGAGAUUGGUAAAAUAGCACAGGCUACGCCCGUAGUGGUUGGAAGAGCAUUAGAGAUAUUUAUGGCCAAUUUAGUCGAACUGGCAAUGCUUGAAGCUCGAAAACAACGUGUUAAAAGGGUUGGAGCAUCCCAUAUUCGUGCUGCCAUCGAAAAGAACGAACAGUUUGAUUUCUUGGUUGAUGUUGUGUCGAAAUACCCUCCUUUGAAAGAAUAA